UGUUGCGCAUCGCCGCGGUGAAUGUCAUGGGGAGUUUUAGUGGAUAGUUUUGAAGUGUGCUGACCUUCCAGGCAAUGUGAACGGCGCGCGCGUUCGCACGACACGCGUAUACGCAGUUAGCUCCAGGGGGAGCAGCAAUGAGGUGACUGCAUACUGAGGCACUGGAGAGAGAAGUGCAGAGCGUGACGUCACGGUGACGGUGUGUAGCUGUCGUGAGUUUCAGUGUUUGUAAAACCUAAUAAAUAAAUAAAUAAAUAAAUAAAUAAAUAAAUAAAUAAAUAAAUGCGUUUCGGAGGAACUGGCACACUGGCGUAAUACUUUCACGAAAACCAAAAUUAAUACUUGGGAGCAUCCAUCGAAAUUGCAGUAAAGAAAAACAAAUUGCCAUACGGUAUUCUGCUUAUUGUAGUUUUACAAACAUGCAGCCUUCUUUUUUUGUAGUGCAGUGGGAUUGGGUACUGAUACCGUACAAAAUGUAGUGUGGUAUUCAGGGUGACAGUGUAUUCGCAACAUAUUGCAACAUUCGGCAGUCUGUCGACAUAGCUCUGCGGUAUGCCAGAAAGUCUGAUUUUUAAGUAGUACAAAUAAAUGCCUCCUACUUGCCGCGUGAUCUUCUCUUUCUUUCUUUCUUUCGCCAGUGCGUUCCUGUUUUUUUUUGCCUUCAUCUUUUUUUAACUCUUACUGUACUAGCAAGUUCUAACGACGCAUUCCUGUGUUUCUAUAUCCGAACCCGUGCAGACGCACAUUGCACAGCGAGUUCUUUUUUAUUUAUCUAUUUAUUUUUAUCGCGUGCCCCCCCCCUUUCUUUUAAAUUUUUGAACGCAAUGUGCAUUUUCUCACGGCGGCGCCUUUCUCUUCGCAGGCGCUGAUAAGCGAGCGACCACCACUGGCGCACCGCAAUUUCUCUCGCCGCUGUUGCUGCUGUUGCUGCUGCUACUUUCCGCGUAUCCAAAUGGACGCCGCCACGACACUCGCUCGAAACAGCGUUGCUGAACAACCAUGCUUGCUGACUGAAAAGGGCGGCACACCGGUAGCCACGCCGGGCGCAUGAUUCUACGGACCCUGCUGUAGCAGCAUUUGUAACCAACCAAGGGGACGUGCACACCAGUCUGUCAUGGACGGGAGGCAGUGGCGGCACCUGGCGAGUGGCGCUGGACUUCUGCUCCUGCUGUGGGUGUUCCCAGGUGCCCACACCUCGCUCUGCAAGUCGGUGUUCUCACCGAUUUCUGGAGACAUGCCCAAGGACUUCAGCCUGAAAGUGGGCGACCCUCUGGUGCUCAACUGCACCCUCGAGACUCCAGAGUUCAGCAUCUCGAGCAGGCGGUACUCGGUGAAUGGCAGCCACCUGGAGAUAAAGUUCAACGACACUAAGGUGCCUAGCGAGCUGCUGUCGGUGGGCGAAAUGUGGGUGGCGUUGCGGAAGGAGCGCUCGGAGUAUUCGGACACUGGCAACUACAACUGCAACAUCCGCGUCGCCUCUGACAAGGUUUUCCACGUCUGUGCCACACAGGUCACCAUAGGAGAGCCACCACUUCCUGUUGAAAACUUCCGGUGCAUCAGCUAUUACUUCAAAAACCUUACCUGCUAUUGGGAGCCUCCACCGAACAGUGUCAAGACUGAAUACAGGCUGGGAGAGAUGUUUGCGUACACACGGACGCACAAGGGCUUUUAUCGGUUGUGCCCGAAGGCAGGACACUCGGGAAAUGGCUCUUUCUGCUCAUGGACUCUGCAGUCCUCGCCGCCGCUUCGCAAGGAGACCACUCUCUUUCGCCUGGUUAUGAAUGGGACGAACGCUCUCGGUGUGAGAAAUUUCACCUACACUAUAGAGCAUCUAAAAAUAGUGAAAAUUUCCGAGCCAACUGAGUUCAAGUGCAGCGCGGUGUCCAAGCGGAGUAUCACGCUUAGCUGGAAUGCCAGCGUCGAGCAGAGGGAGACUCCGAAGCUGCUUGUCAUCUACGAGAUCCACUAUCAGUCUCAAUACGAGUCCAACUGGAAGACUGUGGAGGUGUUCAACAAGACGUCGCUGAUGAUACAAAACCUGAACCCAUUCACUGCAUACACCUUUCGGCUCCGAGCGAAGGCAUCGAAGGCGGUGCGGGAAGAGUUGUGGACCGACGACGUUGUGCUUUCGCAGACGACAUUGAAAGAUGUGCCUGAAGCGCCACCUCGAAUAUCGAGGAGCGGCUUCAAGGUGCAGAAUUAUCAGGAGAGACGGACCAUCAUGCUUAACUUUGAGGCACUCCCCGAGAAGAAGUGGGGCGGGGCCACUCUCCAGUACCUCAUCAAGUGCUGCGAGGAGGACGUGCCGGAAGACAGCUGUGAGAACAAGACAGUGGAGAUGCCCACCGUCACGUUCGACGGCCUGUUUCGCAACUCGCGCUACAACUUUCAGCUGUGGUCGCUGAACGAGAUCGGGUUUUCCCGGGUUCACUCCAGCCUCCAGGUGGACAAAUAUGAUGAACUGAUCAACGUACCUCAGGACAUAGAAGUCGUUGCCCACGGCUCUGGGAGUUACGUGGUUUCGUGGCGCGCGCCGUCCGGUCGAGUGCCCGUCCUGACUUCCUCGACUUCGACGUCGGCCGAGGAAGAGCACGCGGCUAGCUCGGAGCCACUAGGACCCGUGAGCUACACAGUGUUCUGGUGCCCGCGGAUGCUGCCACGCUCUUACAGCUGCAACGAAUCUCUCAAGUGGCAGAAGACGGAACUCAACACAUCCUCCAUAGUGCUCAACCUCGACGCAGGCAACGUGUACCAAUUUGCAGUCGCGGCACAGACUGUUGACAAGGCCUCCGAGAUGCACUGGACGACAUGCGUCAUUCCAGUGUCCAAAGAGCUUGAGAAGAUCACGCAAGUGACAUUGGAGAAAGACAGUGCCCAUUCACUGCUGAUGCACUGGCAACUUGAGUGCAGUGCGCUGAAGUCGUACGUGAACAGCUACCAGAUCGAAGCUUGCGCAGUGUUGCCACGCCACCAAAAGAUGGCGCUACAUGACGCUGCUGGGUGUCUGUACAGCAAAUACGAUCCCAAGACCUGCAGAGUUUACAACAUUACCGACCGGGAUGAUGAAGAGCACGUCCUGGACGGGCUGUCCUCCAACGCAGUCUACAGAGCUGUCGUGCGGGCCUCGUCCAACGGAAAGCUCACAGAGGACAGCCCCGCGCAGUGUGCCAAGACCGAAGGCACUGGGGCGGACAUUCCUCUCGUGGUUGGAUGUGCCGUGGGUGGAGCUGUCGGCCUGACUGUCCUCGUCUUUGUGCUCUACCUGCUAGCACGAUGGAUGAAGAAGAAAGUUGACAUGAUCAAAGAGAUCAAGAUUCAACUUCCCGAUGGCCUGGAUUCUUCAGAAGCAAACCAGAUGCAUAGCUACAAGAACAGCAAGAAUGGUUCUGCCGGGAAGACAAGCGAGAGCAACCGGAGUCCGCACAUCGCCUACGGCCGGAUGGGCUGCUUUUCUGCCGCUGACAACACUGGUCCUAAGAAACGUCACGACUCGGGGCGUUCUCAGGGCAGCAGCUCUUCAACUGAAGAGUUGCUGUACAAGAAGACUCGGCGGGCAGACACCUUUGGUCGCAAUCCCAGUGGUGACAGCAGUGGUGGCAGCACUAACGGCCAGGACAGCGUCGUGUCCGCCAGCACGGCGCGCACGGGCGCCGCCUCGUCGUGCGACUCCGGUGCCGAGAGUGACCCGGCAGCACCUCCCUCCCCCGACUGUCUCCUCCUUGGUGGCAACCACACGCCGCUCGCACGCUGUCUGCCCAAUCUUCCCAAGCUGGAUGAAGAUAGGGUCCGCGAGAGCCAGGAUUCUGGACUCGACGCCGAAGUGACUCCUCCCAUUGUGAUUCCGUCUUCGGACUCAUCACAGCCGUCCUACAGCAAACUUGGGGUGACUCCCGAUACACAGGCACCGUUACUGCAGAGUCAGGCUCUGGCUACAAGCGAGCCGUCGCUCUUUGAGGGACCUGACAAUGUUCCAGAGCCCGUGGAACCCCUCCCGCCAUACAGCAAGUUUGGGUUGGCAAGAAGCAGCGAGGAUGUGUCGGUGGCACCUUACACCGCGUGCAGGUCAUCUCCCGACACCAGAAGGCAAGAUGGGCCGCCAGCACUUCCCUACUCCCAGCUUGCACUUCGCCAACAACCGAGUGUGAAUGGUGUACCGGGGCAUGUGUUUCCCAGCACAGACGUUACUGUCGGACUGGCUCUGGAGCAGCCCCGAUUUCUGCCAAACCUGAAAAGUACGCCUUUGCCGUUCUUUCCGAAGCCACCUUCCAGUGGAUAUGUCACAGUAGGGCAAGCCAUGAAAACCCAGCCGACCACGGUCGAGCCCCAGUCGGGACAGGGCUACUCCAAGUUCAGCAUCCAGCCUCCAAAGCCGUUGACCAGGCCAGAUACGUCGGGAUAUGUCCCACUUCAGGACGUAGUUGGGGUUCACCAGGCUGCAGUGCCAGCUACAACAAUGCCUGCUGGAGAGCCUAGUCCCCACGAACAUUUCCACGACGUCGACUCUUCGUCUGACGACAUGGCCAUUGUUGGCGACGACAACAGUAACAACGCUUCACUCGAGGACUUUUCGUUUUCAAGUGCCUCUGGGCCCGGCACUGAUGAACUUUUGGAAGCUCAUCAGUCACCACAGCGCACAGCGGGACAGACACCUGGAUACGUAGCUGCCACUGUUGUACCCGCGACAAAGCCACCUCCACUCGACCUGACAAGUGAGCCACGGAUUGCAUCCAACGGCUACGUUCCUCUGCCUUCUGUGUCUCCGGGUGAAACUCAAGGAGGGGCCGGGGACUAUGUGACGCAUGUGGCUGCUUUCGACUGGGGGCGUUCUGCACCUGGCGACAGCGAGAUGGAUGACAGUGCACUACCUCCACCAACAUCGGCAGCAAAGACAAAUGGUUAUGUCAUGUUGCCUACUACAGUAGAUGCCGUCACUUCAAAGACUUCGGCAGUUGGCUUUGUGCCAGGUGUUAAACCUGAGUCAUCCUCUCAGGUGGACUGCUCGGUGUGA